ACGCGCGGUGCCGCACCGACACAAAGGAGAGAGGAGACUGUGUCAAAGUAAAACCUUUGUUGUUGUUGUUUUUGGGAAAUCGCAGUCACAAAGUAGGGACACAGAGUGUCUGCGCACUAGCAUGAGUUUAGCAGCUUUACUGGAUUAAUUGGACUUGCAGCCUGCUUGCAGAGCAAGUUCGCUGUCACUUUAGUCAAAGACGAAUCGCGCACAGGAAAAACAACGAUGGAGAGGAGCAUCCCGGGAUGGUGUGUGCUGUUCACCCUCGUCCUGCACGCAACGCGCUGCUUGGCGGCGAAGGAGCUCCAGUGCCAGGAGAUCUCCGUGCCCCUGUGCAAAGGCAUCGGCUACAAUUACACCUACAUGCCCAACCAGUUCAACCACGACACGCAGGACGAAGCCGGCCUGGAGGUGCACCAGUUCUGGCCGCUGGUGGAGAUCAAGUGUUCGCCGGACUUGCGCUUCUUCCUCUGCAGCAUGUACACGCCGAUCUGCCUGGAAGACUACAAGAAGCCGCUGCCGCCGUGCAGGGGCGUGUGUGAGCGGGCCAAGGCUGGCUGCGCUCCGCUCAUGAGGCAGUACGGCUUCCCCUGGCCGGACCGGAUGAGGUGCGACCUGCUCCCGGAGCAAGGCAACCAGGACACGCUGUGCAUGGACUACAACCGGAGCCAGACCACCACUGUCUCCCCCGUGGUGGCGAAGCCGACCAACCGGUCCCUGAAGCCUUACAACACCAAGAAGAAGAGCGGCUACGGUCGCGGCAUCCCCGGCAAACACAAACCAGCCGCGUCUCCAUGUGAACAGGGCUGCUUCUGCCGUGCGCCCAUGGUGCCCGUGACCAGCGACACUCACCCUCUGCACAACCGCGUCAAAACAGGGCAGAUCUUGAACUGUGCCAUGCCCUGCCACAACCCAUACUUCACCCAGGAGGAGAGGACAUUUACUGCGUUUUGGAUCGGCCUCUGGUCCGUACUGUGCUUCAUUUCCACUUUCGCGACCGUGGCCACUUUCCUGAUAGAUAUGGAGAGGUUUAAGUACCCGGAGCGUCCCAUCAUAUUCCUCUCCGCCUGCUACAUGUUCGUGUCAGUUGGAUAUAUCGUCAGGCUGAUCGCUGGACACGAGGAGGUGGCCUGCAACAGGGAGAACGGCGCCGAGCACAUUCACUACGAAACCACGGGUCCUGCGCUUUGCACCAUCGUUUUCCUGCUCAUCUAUUUCUUCGGCAUGGCCAGCUCGAUCUGGUGGGUGAUUCUGUCCCUCACUUGGUUUCUCGCGGCAGGUAUGAAGUGGGGUAACGAGGCGAUAGCCAGUUACGCACAGUACUUCCAUUUGGCCGCCUGGCUCAUCCCCAGCAUGAAGUCCAUAGCGGUUUUGGCUCUGAGCUCUGUGGACGGGGACUCCGUGGCAGGGAUUUGCUAUGUGGGCAACCAGAAUUUGGAUAACCUGCGGGGGUUUGUGCUGGCUCCGCUGGUUAUCUACCUGUUCAUCGGCACCAUGUUUCUCCUGGCCGGCUUCGUCUCCCUGUUCAGGAUCAGGAGUGUUAUCAAGCAGGGGGGCACCAAGACCGACAAACUCGAGAGGCUGAUGAUCCGAAUUGGAGUGUUCACAGUUUUAUACACCGUCCCGGCCACUGUCAUCGUGGCGUGUUACUUUUACGAGCAACACAACAGACAGAUGUGGGAAAUUACGCACAGCUGUACGUGCGUGACGGACCCGAGCAGGCCGAGGCCGGACUACGCCGUGUUCAUGCUCAAGUACUUUAUGUGCCUCCUGGUGGGUAUCACCUCGGGGGCCUGGAUCUGGUCCGGUAAAACCCUGGACUCCUGGAGGACUUUUUGCACGCGGUGCUGCUGGGGGAGUAAAGCCUCCGCGGGCUCCAUGUACAGUGACGUGAGCACUGGACUGACCUGGAGGUCCGGGACGGCCAGCUCCGUGUCCUGCCCCAAACAGAUGCCACUGUCCCGGGUUUGAUUGAGGGCUGGGGUGGUACGCUCAAAUGCAUCUUAUGUCGUUUGACACUAAAGACUUUAAAAGCAGCUCUUCUGAGGACAACGCGGCGUAAAGACUGAUUGAAAUGUUGUUGUUUUUUUAUUUGGUAAAUUAUUUAAAGAGAGUCACCAAACUCCCGCUUGAAUGAAAAACUUAUGGUCCUGAGCACUCCCCUAAUGUGAACUGUGUGUCGGAUUUGUUUAAGCUCUAUUCUGCAAGUUUGAACUUAUACUUAUGGAAAGUGCUCCUUCCUUGCCUUAUCCAAAUGACGUCCGUGGGUUUGAAUAGAGAGGGCUGAGUCGGGGAGGGGGGGUGGCGGUGGUGAACUAAUUGUGUUGGGAUUGUCCAUCAGCGUGUUGUAAUUAGCACAUUAAUGAGCGCCUAAUGGCUUCUCUUUAAAUAAUGAGACUUGUCAGCAGCAGAACAAUGUACCUGGCACGAAGAAUGCGGAGUCUUAUCUGGGCUUAAUUCAAUGCGCGCAGCUGACAAGAUCCCCCUUGUCGAUAGGUAACAUGGUAUAGUUGAGACACUUCUUUUUCUUCUUACUGUAAAGAACCGCCGUGUCUUAAACACAAGAUGAGACUGCUCUGCCUGAAACGAGGCCAUAAGUCGGCCGUGUUGUCUCCAGGAUGGAUUUAUACGUUCAUUUAUCAAUGCCUUAAUACUGUCUCAUACGGGUUGCUUAAGCGCGUAAAAGUGUAUUUAUAUAAGUAUUUGUGUAGAUAUAUUGUACAUUUGUAUAUGGAAUUUUACGGGGCUGUAAAUAUGUAUAAUUUCCACUUUGAUAGAAGAUUUUAUUUUGAGAAUAAAACAGCUUUUAUUGAAUGUAAA